AUGAAUCUGAUAAGAUGGUCUAGGGAAAAACGCAGAGCCCCAUCCUUUAGGACAUUUACUGUGGAAGAGGUGUCGAGGCAUGACAAGGUGGAUGACUGCUGGAUCAUAAUGGAUGGCGUGGUGUACGAUGUUACCGACUUCCUUCGCCUACAUCCCGGCGGCAUAGAUGUCAUAAUGAAGCAUGCUGGAAGGGACUGCACUGAUGCAUUCAACAAGGCACAUCCCCACGUAAAUAAGGAAUUGCUACUUGGUAGUGUUAUUGGGACGGUGGUGAAGGAAUGA